UGCAGAUUUUCCAGCAAUGCACUGGAAUCAAUGCCAUUAUGUUCUAUGCUCCUCUUCUUUUCAGCACUUUAGGCUUUGGCAGUGACGCGUCUCUCUACUCUGCAGUGCUCACCGGUGCAGUCAACGUCCCCUCCACUCUAGUCUCUAUCUACUUCGUUGAUAAAGUCGUCGUCGUGCUCUUCUCCUUGAAGCUGGAAUCCAAAUGUUCUUUUCUCAACUCGUGAUCGCAAUUGUCCUCGGCGUCAAAGUCACAGACCACUCUAACAAUCUUUCCAAAGGGUUUGCGGUUCUGGUUGUGGUGAUGAUCUGCACCUAUGUAGCUGCUUUCGCUUGGUCUUGGGGACCGCUCGGUUGGCUAAUCCCUAGUGAGAUUUUCCCUCUUGAGACACGUUCCACGGGACAGAGUGUGACAGUCUGCGUCAACUUGCUCUUUACUUUCAUUAUAGCGCAGGCUUUCCUCUUGAUGCUGUGUCAUUUCAAGUUUGGGAUAUUCAUCUUCUUUUCUUCGUGGGUCUUUGUCAUGACUCUGUUUGUUAUGUUCCUCCUUCCUGAAACCAAGAACGUACCUAUCGAGGAGAUGAGGGAGAGAGUGUGGAAGAAGCACUGGUUUUGGGCUAGGUUCAUGGAUGAUCAAGAUAACCGGCAAGAAGAGUAA